AUGAUGACUGCCGCUUCGAGCACCAAUGAAAGCUCUUCGAGCACUAGUUUCGUCCAGCACUUCUACUCCAAAGAGGUUUCAAACAAGGGGCGAUUGCUAUGCCUAUUCCAAAGACUGAGAAAUGUAUUGAUUAUCGUCUUGACACCAAUAAUCUGCGGACUGAUGCUCAACUGGGAAGGGCCGGAAUGGAAAUGUGCAUUUUGUGUAUGCAUUAUUUCGAUCUAUUGGAUGUCAGAAGUGAUGCCAUUGGCAAUUACCGCAAUGCUACCUGUUGUUCUGUAUCCUUCAGUCGGAGUAAUUGAUGUCAACACGACUGCAAAAGAAUACAUGAACGACACGAAUUUCCUAUUCAUUGGAGGACUAAUUAUGGCUGCUGCUGUUGACAAGUGUGAUCUUCACGAACGUGUUGCCCUCUCCGUUCUACGAUGCGUUGGAAGCGAACCCAAAUGGAUCAUGCUUGGCUUCAUGACAGUCACCGCAUUGCUCAGCAGUUUCAUAUCGAAUACUGCAACAACUGCAAUAAUGGUUCCGAUUGUACAAAGUGUAGUGCAGCAGUUGCUUUCUUCUUCUCAACAUCAUCCAAAAAAUGGAAAACGUGGACGUCUGGGAUGCCAGAAAAUGGCAACUGGUCUUGUACUCUCAAUCAGUUUUGCUGCCAAUAUAGGAGGAACUGGAACAGCAACUGGAACACCAAGUAACUUGGUUAUGUUGGGACAACUCACUGCACUCUUCCCGAAAGUCGAUGGAUCAUUGAACUACGUGACAUGGAUUUUUUUCGCCUUCCCAUUGAUGCUUCUGUGUCUUGGAGUCGCUUGGGCCACACUGGUUUGGUUCUUUUUGAGAGAUUCCCCGGUGGAAGAUGAAGCUGUGACUGAAAUGUUGAAGACUCGCUACGAUGAACUACCCAGGAUGACAUACGCCGAGAAAUCUGUAUCUGUUUGUUUCUGCCUCCUUCUCUCGCUAUGGAUAUUCCGUGACCCUGGAAUCAUACCCGGAUUCGGGGUUUACUUCAACAAAGGAGCUUAUACUGAUGCCACUUCUGCAAUGAUUGUUGCUUUCCUUCUUUUCAUUCUUCCGUCUGAAAAACCUGAUUUGGCAACGUACUACAAAAAAGAGGAUUUGGAGAAGAAAGGAUGUUUGAUGGAUUGGAAAACAAUGCAAGCAACUUUUCCAUGGAGCGUCGUUCUUCUCUUAGGAGGUGGAUUUGCGUUGGCUGCUGGAGUGAAGGAAUCGGGAUUGUCGCUUUUGAUUGGAAACAGUUUAUCUUCGAUCGGACAUCUACCGCUAUGGAUUCUUCAAUUUCUGACCAUGUUCAUUGCAAUGAUCAUCACGAAUAUCUGCUCGAAUACAGUCACUGCUUCAAUUUUUGUUCCGAUUGUGGCAACAUUGGCUCAGAAAGCAGGACAUCAUCCGUUUACUCUGAUGCUUCCAACAACUCUCGCUUGCUCAUUUGCUUUCAUUUUCCCAGUUGGAACUCCACCGAAUGCAAUUGUAUUUGGAAGUGGAAUGGUCAAAGUGUCUGAUAUGGCAUUCGUAGGAGGAAUCAUCUCAAUGGAACUUCUAGUGCUUACAAUCGUCUACAUGAACAGCAUUGCAUACCUGGUUCUCCCACUUCUCGAAUUUCCUUCCUGGGCUGCGCUCCAGGAACACAAGGCAAUUCCGGAGCACCAACACAACCGGGUCCCUAGUUCGGCCAAAAUUACCACACCAAGAAUUCCAGGACAAGCCGGAGCCCCAGGAAAAUCAGCAGCCGAUGUUGAAUCUCAGCCUACUCCUGGAGCUCAUGGACCCGGUAGACCACAAGGACCGCCAGAACCUUCAGGAACCCCAAGAGCAUUAGAAAGACCAUGGUUCCCAAAAUCACGAAAAUCAAAGAGACGAUCUGGAGCCCCAGGACAAGCAGAAAUCAAUGGAGAUCCAGGACCCCUGGGUCAAACAGAACAAUCUGGUGGAUCAGGAGAGCGUAGAAUCUGA